CGUGUUUACAGGGUUCGGCAAACUCACCUUGAAGCAGGGGGGAACUUAAGCCGGAAACAACAAUAGCAACAUCUCUGGAAGUCAAUUCGAUCAAUGCGUUGCUGAAAUAGAUACCAACAUCAUUUCAACAGGUUUGGACUUUUUGGAGGCUUUUGGAACCUAUUAAAAAUGGCUAAAACACGCUCAAAAGGCGGGGCGACAUCGACGGCACCCGCAUCCUCAAAUCCAACCAACCCGUCCAAGUCAAGAUACACCCUACAGCCCGAGUCGUCAGACCCGCCUCGAGUCUUCAUCCUCCCCAAGAAAGCCACACCCAAGGCGCGAAUAGUCUCGCUCCUGAAUCCCAGAUAUGCAAAGCCGACACGGUAUCUGGUCUGCCCCGAAUCCGGCAUCUACGAAUUCACACGCAUCGCAGCACCAAAGUCUACGCCACACAGCUGGCUGAUCGAGAGCAGUUCGGGAAACUUGGAGGGACAGAAAAGCGUAAAUGGAGCCGAGCCGGACUUUGUUGCCUAUACCACAAAGGGCGCUGAGCUGUACAUCGCGACACCAGUUGACCCCCUGUUCCUCGUCCUACCGGCGUUAGCUCAGACAACCUCCAAAUCAGAAAAGCGCCUCUUUCUGUCCGGCUACGACCACUUGGAAUCGGUAUCCAAAGAAUUGUCGCCUCACCUGUCAGAAAUUCUUCACUGGGGAAACGUACGGACGUUGUUUGAGGCAAGGAUGGCGGCCAUCUGCGAUACAAUAGAGGCGGGCGAUGAAUCCAUGUUCCGGCUCAACGAGGAGAACCUGUUGAAAGAAGUACUGUCCAAAGCGAAGCGCAUGAGCGAGACCCCGUUGCCGCCUAGCAUGGAGGAGAAGUUCGUGACUAAGGCGCUGGAAGCCCCUGUUCUCAGCGUGAAGAGAGCAGGGACGGCAGCUACUGCAGUCGUAACAGAGCCAGCAGCCGCCGAACCCGUAUCAUCCACCCCCAUGCCCGAGUCGGGCGAAAGCCAGGCAUCGGCCGCGUCAACAGAGACAACCAACAGCCUCACACCCGAACCGUCAACGGCGGCUACGUCAGUAGCGGGGGAAACCAUUGCGCCCAGUGAGGAGCUCGCAGCAGCUAUCCAAGCCUCGCCCGAAGUAACGAAACUCCAGCGCCUGCGAACGGCAUUUUCCUUCAUCUGUUCGAGCUACAUUGCCCCGCCGCAAACCGCACAGCUCAAAAAGCUGCUUUCUGAGAAAAAGGACUUAGUCGAUUUCGCGCCAUUGGACGAUUAUCUGGCGGAGGUAUCCAAGCUGCGCCAGGAGGCCGUGGCCGCGCGAUCGACGGGUGACUAUUCCCGGAAGCGCGUGUUGGACGAGGAAGAAAUGAUGGCGCGGGCGGAGAAGAAGCGCAAGGUGGAGGAGGAGGAUAAACGAAAGAAGGCUGGGCAAUCGAGGGGAGUGAAGAAUCUUAAGAAGGUGAAUACGACGGGAAUGAAGAAGAUGAGCGAUUUCUUCAAGAAAAAGUUAUAGGUCACUAGAUUCGCAUUCGUAUGGCAUAGCAUCUGGAUCAUGGGCGUGUUUGGGUAUCAUCAGGUCUUGUAUAAUAUCAGACUGGCUGUAUGCAGGAUACGAGCCUUGGGAAUCAUACAUGUCAUGAAUGUACAUGAAGU